AUGGACGUGGAUAUGGAAGGUGCCGUGUCCAUUGCGGCCCCCACGGGGACUGCCAUGAACGGCGCAACCAUCCUCUGCUGCAACUGCGGAGCCCCCAUCGACGGAACCACAGCCGCCGGCGCACUCUGCUACGACUGCGUCAAGCUGACCAACGACAUAUCACAAGGAAUCCAGAGGGAGGCCGUCCUAAACUUCUGCAGAGACUGCGACCGUUGGCUCCUGCCCCCGAACAGCUGGCUUGUCGCCGCCCCAGAAUCGAGAGAACUGCUUGCCCUGUGUCUGAAGAAGCUGCGGGGCCUCGGAAAGACUCGAAUCAUCGACGCCAGCUUCAUCUGGACCGAGCCACACUCGAGGAGAAUAAAAGUCAAGCUCACAGUACAAGAUGAAGUCUCAGAUGGCGUCCUCCUGCAGCAGAGCUUCGAGAUCGUCUAUAUUGUCGCCUACCAGCAGUGUCCCGACUGCGCAAAGUCAUACACGGCCAACGUGUGGAGGGCGUGCGUGCAGGUGCGGCAGAAGGUCCUUCACAAGAGGACGUUCCUGUUCCUGGAGCAGCUCAUCCUGAAGCAUGGCGCCCAUCGGGAUACGAUCAACAUCAAGGAGGUACACGCCGGUAUCGACUUCUUCUUUUCCCAACGGAAUCAAGCAGAGAAAUUCGUCGACUUCCUGAAGUCGGUGGUACCAAUAAAUGUCACCAAGAGUCAAGAGCUCAUCUCCGAAGACAUUCACACCUCCAAAAAGAGCUACAAAUUCGCAUUCUCCGUCGAGUUGGUGCCAAUUUGCAAAGAUGACCUCGUCGCGCUUCCUAUCACCAUGGCAAAGCAGCUUGGCAACAUCUCCCCGCUAGUCCUUUGCCACAAGAUUGGUACUUCCGUCAACUUCCUCGACCCAAACACCCUGCAAACAGCCGAACUGCGACCCGAUAUCUACUGGCGCGUGCCAUUCUUCUCCCUCUCCGACCAACCUCAACUCGUUGAGUUCAUGGUAUUAAACAUCGAGCCGACGGGGCCCCAGAAGGGCAAGUGGCUCGUCGCGGACGUCGAGGUGACGAGGGUGGACAACAUGGAGACGACCUACAACGUGCGGACGCACCUGGGCCACUUCCUCAACCCGGGCGACUCGGUCAUGGGCUACAUGCUCACGGGCACCAACUUCAACAACCCCCAGUUCGAGGCGAUCGAGAACUCGCACACCUACGGCUCGAGGAUACCGGACGUCAUGCUGGUCAAGAAGCACUUCCCGCGCAAGCGCAAGCACCGCAACAGGAAGUGGCGCCUCAAGCGCAUGGACAAGGACGAGGGCGAGCUGCUGCCCAAGAAGGCCGACCAGGAGCGCCUGGACAACGAGUACGAGGCGUUCCUGCGUGACGUCGAGGAGGACGAGGAGCUGCGUGCCGCCCUGGCGCUUUACAAGAAUACCAACAAGAACAAGAAGAAGCAGGAGGGCGAGAUGGAGGUGGACGGCCAGAGCGUCGCGGAGACGGAGGCCACCGGCGACAGUGAUGACGAUGUGCCCAAGGUGAAUAUGGACGAGUUGUUGGAUGAGUUUGAGGAGAUGACGAUGGAAGAUCAACAGUAG